AUGAGUGAUGAUAAUAAAAGUAGUCUGGCAAACCUCGAUUACCAUAUGGAUCAAUCAGAUUACCCUAUAAAAAAGAAUCUAUCUUCAACAGAUUUAGCCGACUACGGUGUAAUAGACAAAUCAUCGAUAAUAUCAAAGGAGAAUGAUCUCCAUACCGCUGAUCGAGAUAACUAUGACGAUGACGAUGACGAUGACGAUAUAAUAGAUUCUCUACAUAUCAUGAAAACCCAAUCUGUAAAGCUUGGUCCAAACACUACCGAUUCUCCUCCAUAUUCACGAUUUGGUAGGACCGAAAAGUCUUUAUUAAUAAUCCAGUGUGCUUUUACUGGUUUCUUCUCAAGUGUAGCUGGUGCAAUUUAUUAUCCUGUUUUAACAGUCAUCGAAAAGAAAUUUAAUAUUACUGAAGAAUUAGUUAAUAUUACAGUUGUAGUUUACUUUAUAUUUCAAGGUCUCGCUCCUUCCUUUAUGGGAGGUUUAGCCGAUUCAUUAGGUAGACGUCCUGUCGUUUUAUUCUCAAUAUUAGUCUAUUGUUGUGCAUGUAUAGGUUUAGCUUUAUCCCAAAACUAUACACAAAUCGUUGUUUUAAGAUGUCUACAAGCUGCUGGUAUCUCACCAGUAAUUGCCAUCAAUAGUGGAAUCUGUGGUGACAUCACUACUCGUGCUGAAAGAGGCGCUUAUGUAGGUUAUGUCUCUGGGUUCAUUGUCAUCGGUAGUGCAUUUGGUGCUUUGAUUGGUGCUGGUCUAUCCUCAACUUGGGGUUGGAGAUCCAUCUUUUGGUUUUUAACUAUAGGUUCAGGUAUAUGUUUGAUGAUUUCUAUUAUCGUCUUACCGGAAACUAAAAGAACUUUGGUAGGAAACGGCUCCAUUCGUCCAAGACCUUAUGUCAAUAGAGCACCAAUACUUUCCCUUCCUUAUUUGAAGAAUAAAUUACAUCUCGACAACCCAGAGUACGAAACGUUGGAACCCAAAUCUCCAUUAAAUCUGUUUGCUCCUUUCAAAGUAUUAAAAGUGCCAGAAAUUGCAAUCUUAUUAAUCGUGUCUGGUUUACAAUUUUCAAUGUGGACCACUCACCAAACAGCAUUAAGUACUGUAUUAAGUAAGGAUUAUGGAUUGUCUGUUGCUAAAAUUGGUCUAUGUUUCUUACCAGCAGGUGUCUGUACACUAAUUAGUGUUAUAAGCUGUGGCAGGUAUUUAAACUGGAGCUAUAAAAAAAAAUAUGCAAGAUAUAAAAUAUGGUUAGAGGAACGUAAAAAAGAGCUUUUGGAAGAAUAUAAAGACCCUGAAAAAGUUCAUGAUAUUAUUAACAAUAAUCACUAUUAUACGUUUAAUAUAUGCAAAGCAAGAUUACAACCUGCAUUUGUAACAUUACUAAUUAGUAGCUGUGGGUUUUGUGCCUACGGUUGGUGUAUAAAAAGUAAAGCUCCAUUAGCUGCUGUCUUAGUUACUAGUGGUAUAGCUUCUUUAUUUUCCAACUGUAUUUUAACAAUGUCAACAACCCUAUGUGUUGACCUAUUUCCAUCGAUAGCGUCUACUGCGACUGGUUGCCUAAAUCUAACUAGAUGUUUGCUAUCCGCUCUAUUUAUUGGUGUUUUAAGCAGAAUGGAACAGAGUAUGACUUAUGGUGGUGUAUUUACAUUUAUGGCAGGUAUAACUGGACUGUCAUCUUUCCUUCUUUUAAUUCCAGUCAGAAAUGGUAAAAAAUUGUCAUAUUUAAGAACAAAACAAGAGGCAUUACUGAGAAAUUGA